CUCGUCUUGCUUUCUGUAUACACUGUUAUCAGAGCUGUAACUACUUUGACCAUCCAACAUGUCGCGUCAGCAAAUCGUCUCGCAUUACACCCGCCUUCUCGCCCGCUGGCCCAAAGAUGUUCUGCGUCCCGAGAAGACCUUCCAACAACUCGUCCUCGAGCCACGGCUGCAAGCAGCUCCUUCCGCAGCUCCUGCUGGUGUAACAAGUGAAGCGAUCACCAGCGGCGCCUCGACGAACUACACACGAAAUGAGAGCAACGAAGUCAAUGCCGCAUAUCUUUUGCUAGAGAACAGCUUCUCCAAACAAUUCCCUCCGGGCCAGAGAGUCAUGGAGCCAGCGAGUAACCCUGAGCACUACAAGAACCUAGAACGAGAAUUACAAGAGCUGCCGAAUCGGAGCGUGUUUGGAAACUUUGUGCAGAGAUUGAAGAGCAUGGUGCGAUUCAAAUGAGGAGGUUCAGUGAUGAGUGGAAAGCCAUACACAAUAUCAGCAGCGGACCGCGGCCAGGUGAACAGGAGCUCGGCUUGCCGUUGGUCAUCCACGGUCAGACAUCACACCGACGCAAAGCGACAUCGCGCCGCCGGAGCGAAGCAUGCCCGUGGCAUCGCCAUCACACCCGUCAUGCAGACAGAAGGAAACCUCGGGCUCCUCUGGCCUGUAUGGGCUAUAACUGCAUCGAUGCUGAGCUGAAGGCAUGCAUCUCGAUCUCAUCUGAGAAUUUGUAUCAACAUGUAUUAUUAGUUACGCCGGGGAGCAGGCAAGCACGAUGCUGCAUGGAGAUGAUCGGCCAUGUGUGCUAUACAUGUAUAAAUCGCGGCGUUCGUCGUGUAAAAUGCGCUUGCGGUCUUCGUCGGCGUCGAAUGAAUUCACCGUCGCUCACUUGGAUCCAGUCAGCAAUGGUUUUUAUACAUUUUGGACAUAUUAAACCGCAAAGAACGACCAA